AUGGUUGUGGAUAUUCGAGGAAGGAAGAUGAAGAAGCCUCCUGCGUGUGUGCAAUGUCGUAAGCGAAAGAUCGGGUGUGAUCGUGCGAAGCCGAGUUGCGGGAACUGUUUACGGAACGGCAAGACAGACUGUUUUUAUCCGGACGUGCCAGGCAUUUACGUACAGAGUAAUACGUCGAGUAUAAGCCAGAGUGGGUCCCAAGGCACUAUUGGAAUAGGGUCCCUGGAGCAGAUGCGGGAAUUGAAUACGCGGAUGCAGCUGAUGAGCUCUACAGUAGCCUCGGCGACUGUGCCGUCUUCCGCCCUGCGUGCGAGUUCGAUGAGCCCAUCACGAGAAGCGCCGCAGUUCAUUCCCCGGGUUUCAGCUGCUCCUGUUAAUGUUAUGGGAAACGGGGAGGAGCAGGGUGUGAAUUUAGUGCGUGGACCUGCGAUUUUUGAUACUGCUAAGGUCCCCUAUACGCAAGAUGAGGUACUUGCAAAGGAGCUUGAAUUUCUGCGGGACCGACUCUUGGAUCUGGAGCGUGUUACUGGGCGCAAUGUGUUGCAGCUGACCGUUUCUACGGCUACUCAGAAUCCAGGAGCUAUAUCUGGAGGUCAUUCAAAUCUUGCGGCUGCAUCUGCUACAGCAGCGGCUUCUGCAGCUCCAUCGGCGGCGCGUACUUCGCCGAUGUCGAAGAAAAGAAAGACAGGCGAUGGCGCUGGUGGGGAUGACUACGAUGACGACUACGAUGACGACGAUGGAAUAACUUUUGACGAGUUCAAAUCUGUAGAUCCCGCAUUUCUGGAUCCGUACCAGGUUCUCCGCGUUGUGGUAACGCGUUCACAGUUCUACACCCCGCAAGUGCCGCUGCCUGCGAGUGAGAACAGGUUGUUUGAAGUUGGCCAUCUUGCAAUGCGUGAUGACUUCUUGUGCUGGUUUCACAACCGACUGUACGAUGUGAUGGCCAAUAAAUUACCAGAGCGGCUAUCUCAUCAACAGCAUGCACACAUUGGUCGCGGGUUAAACAAUAACGGUAAUAACGUUUCAAACAAUAAUAGCGGUCUUUGUUUUCCUCCAAAACAGUUGUGUACACACUGGAUCACGUACUUUACCACGCAUACUGAUAUUUCAACUCUUGUACCGAUGCUACAGCCCCAGGAGCUCACCCAAACAGUCGACCAAUGGUUCCCACUACGCGAUGUCAUGUUCAGUGUGAACGCAAUGUCGGUGGAUCAAAUGGCGAUGCUCGGCCAGAUUACACUUUAUUUGUUGUUCUGCUACCAAUCACUUACGUCAACUGUGUUGGUACCUCUGAAGGAUGAACAGCUUCAUCGUUUUGAGGAGUUGCGUGAUUAUGUACCGCAAUUGCACUCUAACCUGACGACUAUUAUGACAAUGGUGUCGCUGACUGGCACGGCCACUUUGUCGCGGAAGUGGAAACUAAGGCUGCUGCCCUUCGUAGCCUCUUUGAAGCUAUACGAGUCUAUGUCAGGAUGGUCAAGUGUUUCUCAGGCUGUUGACUGUGACGAAGACCUACACUGGGCUUUGGAUCUAGGCAUUAAUCAUGAAACACAAGAUCAGCAGCUGAUUAUACUUUGGAACUUUGUAAACAGAAAUUGCUGCUGGCGUAAAUUGGUUCACGGAGAACUCCCUCUCGCUCUACUUUCAGGCCUUUCUAGUUCCACUCGUAUUUUAGAUUCGGUACUGUUGCAAGAUCACGACUUUCUCCGGUCGGUAACAACGCUUCUCAAGUACCUUCACAACCGUGACGAGACGUUGAACGUGGCUCGCCUAGGCCAAUUGAAGGCUGCCUGUAAAGAAACGUUACUAUGCGCCUCCCAUCGUUGUUUCAACACUCAACUUAUGAUAAGCCAUGUCGCAGACACUUUGUUGAGUCGAAACGUGGAACUUUUCGUAAAUGUUUAUGCGCUAUUGCAUUACGAGUCCCUCGGCGCUGCACAGCAGUUUAACAAUGUGUUCCGUGAAUUUAUUCAGUUUCUACAGGAAACUGCAUUCUAUGUCUUUUCCGGUCUUGCCAACCUGAAGUUCGCCGGCUACGAGUUUGUGUUUGCACGCCCUGCGUUCACGAUACUCAAGAACAUUAUACUGAUCCUUUUUUCAUUAUCUGAAAGGGCACGUAUUGGAAGCUCACAGAGACCCGAAUUGCACCAAUUGAAGGAGACCCUAAUCUCCUUCAUCAGGAAGCUGUGCAUGCUCCUAAGUGAUUAUUCCAAGAACUGUAAGAGCGAAAACCCAGUCGUCUCUGAAAUUAAGACAAUUGUUACCACAAUACUCGAGGCAAAUGCUAAUUCAUUUCCUACUGUUAUAUCAACUCCUUUAAACAACGGUUUCCUAUCCCUGGAUGCCGUGCAAGUGAGCAAGAACAUUGCCAAACUACGUACUACGUCCGACACAUUGAUCAAGACUGAUUUCUACGAGAAAAGAGGCCCAUUUGUCCCUAAAUCACCUUCAACAUAUGGAAUAGUGGUUGAGAACUUCAGUUCAGUUUACAAGGCCUUUUUUCAAUGA